AUGGGUGCCUCUGAGGAACUAGAAUAUCUCAAGUCGCUGGUCAAUCAGCUAAAUGAGAAGAUCGCUGCUUUGGAGUCGAAGGCGAAAGCUCCUGCGCCAGCCAAAACGCCAGCCCAGCAAUUGAGGACCAUCCUUAUUGGCCCUCCUGGUGCAGGCAAGGGAACUCAGGCGCCUAGAAUUCGUGAUGAUUUCUGUGUCUGCCACUUGGCCACCGGGGAUAUGUUGCGUGAACAGGUCCAGCAAAAGACCCCACUCGGAAUUCAGGCGAAGAAAAUCAUGGAUGCUGGGGGACUCGUCUCUGACGAAAUUAUGGUUGGCAUGAUCCAGGACCAGUUGGACAACAACAAAAGCUGUAAGAAUGGCUUUGUGCUCGACGGAUUCCCCCGAACUGUACCACAAGCCCAAAAACUUGAUGGCAUGCUCGAAAAGCGCGGCGAGAAGCUUGACUCUGUUGUUCAGCUGCUCAUCGACGAUCAACUUCUCAUUUCACGUAUUACUGGCCGUCUGAUCCACGCUCCCAGUGGUCGUACAUACCACAAGGAAUUCCACCCACCGAAGAAGCCCAACGUCGAUGACGUAACCGGUGAACCGCUUAUCCAGCGUUCCGACGACAAUGUCGAGACUCUCCGUAAGCGUCUUGGUGCUUUCCACGCGCAAACAGGACCUGUAGUGGAUUACUAUAAGGCCAAGGGUCUCUGGCACGGGAUCGAUGCUGCUCAAUCACCAAGCGUUGUCUGGGACAAUCUCAAAUCUAUCUUCGUCGGUAGAAAGUAG